GAAGUGACGUCAGGCGCAUAGGAAGUCCCUGCGGCCGCGGUGUUGUGCUGUGGGUAAGAGAGAGACAGCUUUAGGAGCCCGGGAGAGUGAUUUUCGCCUUUCCGAGGCCGGUAUCGCGCCGAGACCCCCGGGGAGAAGCAGCCGUCGCCAUGUCUGACCAGGAAGCAAAGCCUUCUGCUGAGGACUUGGGGGAAAAGAAAGAAGGAGAAUACAUUAAACUCAAAGUCAUUGGGCAGGACAGCAGUGAAAUUCACUUCAAGGUGAAAAUGACAACACAUCUCAAGAAACUCAAAGAAUCAUACUGUCAAAGACAGGGUGUUCCAAUGAACUCACUCAGGUUUCUCUUUGAAGGUCAGAGAAUUGCUGAUAAUCAUACUCCAAAAGAGCUGGGCAUGGAGGAAGAAGAUGUGAUUGAAGUUUAUCAGGAACAGACAGGGGGUCAUUCAGCAGUUUAGAUCAUCUGUUUUUUUUUUUCCUUUUCCCUUAAUCCUUUUUUAUUUUUAAACAAUAGUUCUUUUGUAAUGUGGUGUUUGACACUGAAUUGAAACUGGCACCCUAUCUCUGGGAGUCUUACUUUCAAAGUCUGGUAUUUUGAAUUCUAGUGCUCAUUAUACACUAUCAUUUGUUUUCAUUGUGCUGAACUCUUGUGAUCAAGCCGCAGCCCCCUUCCUACUUCCCUACCAUCUUUUUUGAAAUACGUGUAUGUACAUACAUGCCACAUUCACUAGGACUGUGCAUUGCAGGCUUGAAGGUGAUAAGAUCUGCCAGAGCGAGUGUUCUAAAUGACUUUCAUAUUGACCCUGAAGUUCUGGUGUGUCAUUGCUUCACUCCUGGACUAUAACUUUCAGUGGGCGAUGGAAGUUUUUCAGAGGACUGAACUGUGGAAAAAUGAUGUAUCCUUAAUUUGAAGCUACUUUUUAACAAAUCUGAUGGCCUGGACCAGAAGAGGAAUAUCAGGUUGGAAAUGGAGAUGAUAGAUCAGGUUACAGUCAUGACUAACUCCAGAGGUGCUUCACUGAAGAGACAAACCAUUUUACGAUUUUAAAUCUUGUCAGAAGAACCCAGAAAAGUUACUAAUUUUCCAUUAGCAAUUAAUAAAGGUAUUGAUGCAGAAAUGUAUGUAGCAGACCACUGCUAUCUUUUGACUUUAUUGUACUUUUUGGCCUGGGACAUGGGUUUUAAAUGGACAUUAUCUGUACCAGCUUCAUUAAAAUAAACAAAAUAUUUGUAAAAACUGUA